AUGUCCACCGCUGCUACUGGCCGUCUGGCCGGCAAGAAUGCCAUCAUCACUGGUGCCGCAGGUGGCAUCGGCCUCGAGACUUCCAUCCUCUUUGCCAAGGAGGGCGCUAGCGUCCUCAUGUCGGAUAUAUCUGACGUUGCCCUCGAAAAGGCCCUGGCAAAGGUGAAGCAGCUCGUCCCUGGAGCUGUCCGCGUCGAGACCAAGAAAGUCGACGUAUCCAAGGAAGACCAGGUCAAGGCCCUGGUCGAGACCCUCGACGCCUGGGGCGGUCUGGACAUCAUGUUCAACAACGCGGGCAUCAUGCACGCCAAGGACGACGACGCCGUCAACACGCCCGAGGACAUCUGGGACCUGACGCAGAACAUCAACGUCAAGGGCGUGUGGUACGGCUGCAAGCACGCCGUGCUCUCGCUCCGCCGUCACGGCAAGAAGAGGGCUUCCAUCAUUAACACGGCCUCGGUCGUCGCCCUCGUCGGGGCCGCCACCCCCCAGCUCGCCUACACCGCCUCCAAGGGCGCCGUCCUGGCCCUCACCCGCGAGCUAGCCAUGGUCCACGCCCGCGAGGGAUUCCGCUUCAACAGUCUGUGCCCUGCCCCCCUCAACACUCCGCUCCUGCAGGACUGGCUCGGUGACGACAAGCCCAAGCGCCUCCGUCGUGAGAUCCACUUCCCCACUGGCCGCUUUGGAGAGGCCAUCGAGCAGGCUCACGCCGUCGUCUUCCUCGCUAGCGACGAGUCGAGCUUCGUCAACGGUCACGACUUUGCUGUUGACGGCGGCAUGACCAAGGCCUAUGUCACUGCCGAGGGCGACUCUGCUCCUGCUCCCCAGAACAAUGCUACCAAGGACUCUCUGUAA